UUAAGGUAAUAAAUUUGAUGUUGAUUUAUUCAGAUAUUAAUAGAUUAUUUGCAUAUGAUGGACUGUGUAUUUUCAGUUUCGAUGACGAACUCCAUAUCCAUUAUUUGUUUCUUUAAUGGGAGCCUCGGCGUCGGAGUGAAUAAUUUGCCGGUGUAUGAUGGAGGUUCUCGGAAAAUGUUCAUGCUAUCUAAGUCGUGUAAUUUUGAUGGAAUGACUAGGGAAAUACACAGAGUUACUAAAAUUAAGAAAGAAGAAUAUACAAUUAAGGUGUUCUUCAACUGUCCUAUAAAUGAGAGUAGAACUAUUGCCGUGGAGAUUACCGAAGAUGAGGAAUUGAAUGACAUGAAACAAUUAGUCGAGAAGCAAGCGUCAAUUGAGUUGUUUAUUGAGAAGUAUCCGAUUCAGGAAUUUGCCCAAGUUUCACGACCUCAAGGAGAGUUUUCUCGGAUGCUUGACUUAGACAACGAGUCGAUUGGUUUUAUGACAUCUCCAAGUCAAGAGCCAUGGUCUCAACCACAACGUUUAAGUGAGUAUUCUAUCGGUGGGACGUCAACUAAUAUAUUUAACGACGCUUCAGUUCAUGUUACGGGUUACCCACCAGUCGGAGCAAUUAUAGAAGAUGAAGCAGAUGAUGAUUCAGAUCAUUUUGAAGAAGAUGGCGUGCAAAUUGAUAGCAUGCAUGUGGCAGCUGGAAUAGAUGAUGACGCCCGUUGGAUGGAGCAAUUUAACGUUAACAAUGAUUAUGUGGAAGCUGAAGAUCCGUUGCCCGACGAGUUUCAUAAUGAGGAUUGGAUAAAUACUUCUCAAGCUGGAUUUGUUGAUGUUGGGCCAAAUUUACAACGACCUGAGGACUUCACUUUUAAAAAAGGGGAUCUAUUCGAGAACAAGGAGGCACUGAUUUUUGCAAUCCGAGAAUGGUCCAUCAAGAAUCGGGUCAAAUUAAAGCCGGUAAAAACUAAUGCAACAAACUACAAUGUGAAAUGCUUCUUUAACGAUAAGAAUGAAGUAGAGAAUGCAAAUGAGCAAGAUGAGAGAAAUAAAAAAUGUCCUUGGUUGCUAAAUGCCGCUGUGAGAAAAUCAUCAAAUGGGCAAUUUGUAAUAUGUAGAUAUUGCGGACUUCAUACAUGUUGCAACCCGUCGGUGGAUGUCGAUGAUUAUUCUGCAUCUUCUUCUUAUAUAUGUAAGCUAAUUAUGCCUGAAGUUAGAGCUGAACUUGAUCUGAAUGCAAGUCAGAUAUUUCAGAGGGUAUAUGACAUGCGGGGGAUUAAGAUAUCUAAAUAUAAGGCAUAUGAUGCAAGGAGAAAAGCGUUGUCUAAAAUUUUUGGAGAUUGGGAAAAAUCAUAUGAAUUACUUCCACAGUAUCUUGAAGCUAUCAAACGAAAUAAUCCGGGUACUGAAUACGAAAUAUUAUCCGAAGAGAUUGCACCGGGUAUGGAGAGGUUCACUCGCGUGUUUUGGGCAUUUGGUCCUGCUAUUAAGGGCUUCACUUUUUGUCGUCCGCUAUUGAGCAUUGAUGGUACACAUUUAUAUGGAAAGUACAAAGGCGUGCUUCUUGUAGCGACCGGUGUAGAUGCAAAUGGCGGGUUAUUUCCUCUAGCAUUUGCAGUCGUGGAGGUGGAGGAUACGUCUAGUUGGAAGUGGUUUUUUGAACUUAUAUACAAGUGGAUUCCAAGUGUCCGUGCGCCAAGAAUAAUUACCUUUAUUUCGGAUAGGAUGAAAGGAAUUAUAAGGGCGUUACAUGAGGGUUUUAGUGCACCACAUCACCAUCGAUAUUGUUUAAGGCAUAUAAGAGAUAAUUUCAAGAAAAAACACGGUGAGAUUAAUUUGCAAAAUCUUUUGUGGCAAGCCGGGUGUGCGACCGACACAUUAGUGUAUGAACAUUGCAGGGAGAAAAUCAAGUCUUUGUCAUUAGAUGCACAUAAUUGGAUUGAAAAUAACUUGAAGCCUCAAUUCGAGCAUCGGUGGGCAUUAUGUAAGGAUGAGGGUGUGCGGUUUUGCAUGAUGACGACUAAUUGCUCCGAGAGCUUUAACGGCGUUCUUAAAGGAGCACGAGCUAUGCCAAUACAAUCUUUGGUUGCGAGAACAUUCUAUAGACUAAACGCAUACUUCAACAAAAGGCGUGGUGAUGGCAUAGACUGGACAACACGUUACACACCAAAAAAUGAGUCCAUUUUGCAUAGAAGAAUUGAGGCAGCAAGAUCAUGUCAAAUUACUGUAUUCAACGACAACGAAUGGCAGGUACAAGAUUGUGACGGUAUCUACACCGUUAAACUAUUUGAUGUUGAUUGCACUUGCACAUGUAACAUACCACAACUCCAAAAAAUACCCUGUGCACAUGUGCUUGCGGCUUCUUCUAAUCAGCCGGGAGGUGCUAGAAUUCCCAGAAAUCGGUAUUGCUCGCCUUGGUAUUCAACAGCUCACUAUCAAAAGACAUAUAGUGAGAGUUUUCAUCCACCUGAUGAUAGUCGGUAUUGGCCUGAAUAUAAUGGACCACAUAUAGUUCCACCUCAGUACCGGAGACAAGCAGGUCGACCACGAUCUGUGCGAAUUAGGGGAACCAUGGAUCAAGGGCGAGAAGGAGUGGUCAAGCACAAAAAAUGUAGUCUUUGCAAACAACCGGGACAUACUCGACCUCGUUGUCCAUCUAGACACAAUAGAUAGCAACUAAUUGGUAAUUUAUAUCAUUUUUUUAUUUUUAUAUACUUUAAUAAAGAAACUGAAUUACUAUAUGAUUGAUUAUUAACAUGUGUAUAAUUAUAUGUGCAGGUUUGUACACCAUGGAUCCUGGGCCGGUUAGUGAUGAGGUCUUAUAUGACCAGGCUCAGCAUCGUUCACAUAUUAUAUCCUGUACAGAGAGAGGUCCGAGUAUCGUUAUGGUUGAUCA